UUCAAGCUGUCAAUCGCUAAAUCAACUGCAGAACGUGACUUAUUCCAGCAACUAAAACAUCACCGAUUUAAAGUGCCUGAUAAUAUCGUUAGAAACAAAAUGGGUGACGCCGAAAAAACCACAGAAGACUCCAUUUUAUCAGCAGACGAAUCAAGUACUUCUGGGUUUAUUGAUGAUUACUCACACUUGCGUCUGUCAUACCAUAGGGACAUGGAUGAGUCAUGGGAAAUUGUGGAGAUGUCGUCAUGGGAAAUUGUGGAGAUGUCACAAGAUGAAGCUGAAGUUUCUAAUGUGAGUGACAAAACUGAUGAUGCAAGUGACGCGCGGCAGAAACUCCGGGAAUUUUGGAUCUCACAGAUGCCGGAUUUGCCCCACCCUUCAGUGACCAUGGCCUCGAUUAUAUCGUCAGCUUCGCAGAAGAUGGGAAUGGUUCAGCUGAAGUACAGCGAUAGGAGUGAGCCGGGGCAAAUUUCACAGAAUGAAAGUCAACCCUCGCCGAAUAGGUUCUCCCCACAACGCCGGUCUACGUUGAAUUGCAAGGGGUUGCCGAAAUAAAUGCGUAUUAAUUCUUUAAAGUGGUUAAAACAAAAACUGAAGUGAAUUUUGUAAUUUUAAUUAAAAUAAGUUAUAAAUUUUAAUUAGCGGUUAAUGUAAUUAAUAGUGAAAUGUAUCCAGUUUAAUUGAGUGUGCAUAUU